AAAAUAACGACUCAUGAUGGCGUUUUGUUGAGGUUUCACAACCUGGUUGCCAUUUUUGUUAGCCAACUGACUCAAUCCACCCGGAUCUUCAGCCUUCAGCAUUUCAUCUCCAAACUCGGGCAGGAAUUGACCAGAAACCUUCAAAUACAUUAAAAUCACAAAAGAGAAGAAAGAAGACACAAACUAAGCUUGAUUAUAAGGAGAUUCUCUGGGCCAGGUGUCAACCAUGAACCCUGAAUACGACUACCUGUUCAAACUGCUGCUGAUUGGAGAUUCUGGGGUCGGGAAGUCCUGCCUUCUCCUGCGAUUUGCAGACGAUACGUAUACAGAAAGCUACAUCAGCACGAUCGGCGUUGACUUCAAAAUCAGAACGAUAGAGCUGGAUGGCAAGACCAUCAAACUACAGAUUUGGGAUACGGCGGGUCAGGAGAGGUUCCGCACCAUCACCUCCAGCUACUACAGAGGCGCCCACGGCAUCAUCGUCGUCUACGACGUCACAGAUCAGGAGUCAUUCAACAAUGUGAAGCAGUGGCUGCAGGAGAUCGACCGCUUUGCCAGCGACAACGUCAACAAACUGCUUGUGGGCAACAAGUGUGACCUGACCACCAAGAAAGUAGUGGACUACACGACAGCCAAGGCGUUUGCGGACUCUCUGGGAAUCCCGUUCCUGGAGGCGAGCGCAAAGAACGCCACCAACGUGGAGCAGGCCUUCAUGACCAUGGCGGCGGAGAUCAAGAAGAAGAUGGGACCAGGUGCCAGCACGGGCGGGGCCGAGAAAUCAAACGUUAAAUUCCACAGCCAGCCGGUGAAGGCGUCCAGCGGAGGCUGCUGCUGAGUCCCGAACUCACCCGAACACACACAGCGCACAAAGGAAGAGUGAUGUUACCUAUCACCGUACGCCUGAGCAGACACACAGUGGAGAGGGAGUGUGUGUGUGUGUGUGUGUGUGUGUGUGAAUGAGAGAGUGAACAAACUUAGAGUUUUAAAGGAUGAUUUAACAUUUCCUCAUGCACCAAGCUGCACGUUUCCGAAACUUUUUUUAUUUAUUUUUUAAUCCCCGGUCUCAGAAAGCAGGUUGCAGAUACAUGUCCUGUAUUACAUUUCAACAGUCACGACCGUUCUGUGUCAUGGAUUUCAAAUACUGUGUGCAAGCGAAGUCGAUCAGCCAGGACGUGUUUUUGGUGUUGCUGACCUAAAGAAGUAAACGUCGGACACCAAACACGUCUUACCUGAUCGACCCCCCCAUAGCCAGGCGAAGGAUGUGAAGUGAAGGAGGUCUGGAUGUGCUUCUGUCCCAAACAGAAUGCAGCGUUUAAAUAUCUCCCUGAGAUUUGUUUUCUGUCUUUCAACACACCAGCCCUUGAAGGCUGUAGUGAUUAUCCGGCGUGUCAAAUGCGGUAGAAAGAUGAACCCUGUAUAUCCAGCAGUCGUCCUGCACCUUCACAAGACUACAUGGAGACGGGCGAUCGUUGAAAUGUACGCCAGUGUCCGCGUUUUAUUUGUUGUCGCUGUGUUGUGUUCUAGCGUGCGUUCACUUUCUCACCUUUAUAAAUGGCAAAGUGCAUUAUGGGUAUUCUGUACCCGAUAGAGCAGUGGUCACCAACGCUGUUCAUGGAGAUCUACCUUCCACUCAUUAUGGUGUCCACCCGACCAUCUAAUCACUGCCUUAAGAAGUUCUUGAUCCAUUUAAACAGUGUGUGUGUUCGAUGUUGAGGUUGGGGAUGAAACCUGCUGGAAGGUAGAUCUCCAGGAAGAGGGUUGGUGACUGCUGGUGUAGAGUACAUCAGUUGGACACUAACUGUAAACAGUGCAUUAGUGGAUUUCCUCACCAUAUGGAUCAUUUUAGAUUUCCCGUCACAUUUUCUCUGCAGCCAAUCAGAGCAAACCUGGGGGUGGAAACGACUACGAUUGGUUAACAUGCUGAACAACAGACCCCCAAAUUUAAGUCGCAUCACGACAAUUUCCUUUUAUUUUCCACGCCUGGAAAAUAUAACCGACUUUGUAACAGAAUUUUUCCGAAUACUUGGAAUAUAUAAAAUACUUAAUGCUGUAAUUUUUUUUUUCCCACCUCAAAUCUUUUGAUCUACCAGAUUCAGUCACUACUUACCAAGGCAACUCGUUAACUGAACACCAACUGGUUAACAAGACAGGAUACUCAGGAGAGGUGUGAUGGAGCUGUUGGGCACUUUUAACUUAAAUGGGUGUGUGCUUUUUAAAAACAAUAUUGAAACACCGCUUGUAGACCAUGACACCGUACUUCUUCAAAAUUACAGUACACACUUUAAAUCCAGACCAUAACACAUUGGCCAUGUUUUAAGAAGUUCUGAUGCAUCUGCCCUUUUUUUUUUCUUUCUUUCUUUUUUUUUUUUUUUUUUUGGAUACACCUCAUUUACUGUACA